AUGGCUUUAUUUUUGCAGGGAUUACUGUUGUUAUGGCUUUGCAGUAAAUUUCUCUCUAAAAAAACGAACAUUGGAAUACUUUACAUAGCCCUACCAUUAUUAAUAGCUGGUUUAGCCGGAGAAGAUGCUUGUCUAGAGUCACAUUUAUGUAUUCAGUUCGACUUCGAAGAAGAUGAUAUGGUUGACGGGGACACAAGGUCUGAAAGACAACAGAUGGAAGAGUACGCGGAUGUUGUCACCGGUCGUGCUGGUGUAUGGUCCUAUGGCGCCAGCUCUCUCGGAAAAUUCAUUUGCUGGACGUUUGCAUCAAGCCUUGACUGGACGCAAAGAACAAUGGUCUCAUUCAUCGUGGUGACCGCGGCUUACAUUCUUUUCAUCUGCGGCAGAAGCUAUUACAAGUGCAAUACACCGACGGGACGAAGGGCUGUUUCUCGAUUGAAGGAGGCGAUGGGGCUCGUAAAGUUGAUCCCUCUUUGGCUUUUGUUCAUCCCUUACAGUCUAGUUGAAGCAGCGCGAGACACUCUUUUCAUACUUCAAAGUGAUGGACUGGAUACUAGCAUCAAUCCCAGAAUUACUCUACAUUCAUUCAAUCAGAUUCCACUUACUUCACUAUACGUGUUCAGCUCAUUCAUAAGCUUUCUGGUGUCCACGUCGUCUAAGUAUCUGAUCAAGAAGCUUUUGCGCAACGAAGAACCGAAGCAACAUUGUGCUAGAUCCGCCGGAAUCGGUGUCGGGAUGUUGUUUGCUUUCGGUUCUUCACUAAGUGCUUGGUUAGUGGAAGUACGGAGAUCGAAGUUAAUCAAGGAAUUCCCAGAUCAUGAGGAUAAAGGUAUUCCCAUGAAAGUACUAUGGUUGGCCCCUCAAUUUGCCUUGAUAGGGAUCGCCAACGGCCUUGUUUGUAGAGGGCUAGACGAUUUUUUCUUCGACCGUGUGCCGGAAUCCAAACGUUAUUUUGCGAUUCCGUUCAAUCUGAGUGUGAUGGGCAUCGGCAGUUUUUUAAGUGCUAUUGCUACUUUGCUUGCACGAGACUGGAUUGGCAACACCAUUGACGAGUCUCGUCUUGACAAGUACUUCCAGAUGUUAGCCAUUUUGAACGUCGCAGUCGUGCCCGUUUACAUAUUUUUCUCCUUUAUGUUUGAUUGGAACAUACCGGAGAAGAUUGAGAUAGAGGAGGUCGAUGGCGGAGAUGUUGAGAUAGAGGAGUGGUGA